UGAGCUCGGAGGCACCCCUUCCUUGCCUUCCCACUGGUUCUCCGGUGGAAAGAGUGGAUGCACCGGUCAGGACCUCGGAUUUGUCGGAUCCCCUAAAUUUUCUUUUUAGGGAGCAACAUACAAUGGAGGUAUUAGAAAUUGAUUGGGGGGCAAUACAGAUUGAUGAUAGAUGGGAAGAAGGAGAACAACAGACUGCCUCAGAGUCAGUGCUUUAUGAUCGGUUAGGAUUGCUAGCAGAAGAUGAACGUGAAACUACUGAAAGGCAAGAUGCUUUUACUAGUAGAUCGUUUGGUGUCCGCGGAAGCGAUGAAAUUGAUGAUGAAACUGUUGCUUUGCCCUGCAAUGAUUGCAUACCACAAGAAAGGGUAUUUGUUUGCAACAGAUCAAAUCCAAUAAUGAAGAUUGGUAGUUUGUACAAGGAUAUGAAAGAAUUCAGGCUGGCUAUGAGGCAGUAUGCGAUCAGUAAUGAGUUCGAGUUAGGAAUUGAGUCAAGCUCACCUUUCAGAUAUAGAGCUUAUUGCAAAGGAGGUGAUUGUCCAUGGAGAAUCAAUGCAAGGCUACAGAAUGCCGGGUCUCCCACAGUAGUGGUUACAGUAAUCGUGGAUCAGCACACAUGCACUUCAAGUCCACAUCGACGUCGACCACUAGGCGUUUCUUCCCCCUCGACGGAGCCGCCAUCGGAGGAAGAGCACUAUCGGAGGAUCGAGCUCGACGGGAAGUGGCGGCGCCGUGGAAAGGGAUGA